CGGUCUUCCCGAGGAACGCCGGGGCACUUGGGCCACUCCUUCCCUGAAUUGCCCCCUCUCCUCCCCCGCCUCCGGCUCGGCCCGGGAAAGGUGGGACGGCUCCCGGCUCUGGUUACGGAAGCGGACGGUGCCGGGCGAGCAGGGUUCGAAAAUGCCCCGCGCGUUUCUGGUGAAGAAGCCGUGCGUCUCCACGUGCAAGAGGAACUGGAGCGAGCUCCCCGACGAGGAGCGCGGCGAGAUCUACGUGCCAGUCAGUCUGGGCUUCUGCCCACCACAGCCCUACCGGGAGCCAGAGCCGUCAGUGGCUGAACCCCCGUCUUGCCCCCUGGUUUUGGACAUGAGCCUUCGGGACUCCAGCUAUAGUGUGGCCCCUGGGCCCUGCGUGGUAGCCCAGCUGCCCUCUGAUGACAUGAGUCGUUUGGCAGACCCCCAGAGCAGAGACCACGGCUUCCUGCGCACCAAAAUGAAGGUGACCCUCGGGGACAGUGCCGGCGGUGACCUCUUCACCUGCCACAUCUGCCAGAAGGCCUUCACCUACCAGCGCAUGCUGAAUCGCCACAUGAAGUGUCACAAUGACGUCAAGAGGCACCUCUGCACCUACUGUGGGAAGGGCUUCAAUGACACAUUCGACCUGAAGAGACACGUCCGCACCCACACCGGCGUGAGGCCCUACAAAUGCAGCCUGUGCGACAAGGCCUUCACGCAGCGCUGCUCCCUGGAGUCUCAUCUCAAGAAGAUCCACGGCGUGCAGCAGAAGUACGCGUACAAGGAGCGGCGGGCCAAGCUGUACGUGUGUGAGGAGUGUGGCUGCACGUCCGAGAGCCAGGAGGGCCACGUCCUGCACCUGAAGGAGCACCACCCCGACAGCCCGCUGCUGCGCAAGACCUCCAAGAAGGUGGCCGUGGCCCUGCAGAGCACCGUCACCUCCCUGCUACAGAGCAACCACCACCUGUGAGCGGUGCCGCCCGGCCUGGGCCCCCCUCCCCGCUGCCUGGCCCGGUCCUCCCGCCGCCACGCCUUGCCGGACACGGCGAUGGGGACCACCGGAGCCCCCCAGCACC